UUGAAAUGGAAGAAGAUUAAAGAAGAACAAAACAAACCUACUGCUGCUGAACCAUUCUUUCAACCAACGUUAAACGACAGUCGGUCCAUUGAAGAGUUCGAAUACCUAAAUAAAAUUGACGAAGGAUCAUACGGCGUUGUAUACAGAGCUCGUGAUAAGACAACAGAUGAUAUAGUUGAUCUAAAACGACUUAAAGAUCUGAACGAAAGCGAAGGAUUCUCCAUCGCUGCUCAGAGGGAGCUGAACACCCUGCUCAAGUUACGACAUCCUAACAUUGUCAUAGGGCGGGAGAUAGCGGUGGGCUCUAGAAGCAACGAGAUAUAUCUAUUUUUGUAG